AUGUUACCCAUAUGUUCUUUGGAGAAAAUCAUGCUUAUUAUUGUGCUGUGGGGUCUUUGCAGUUUGCCAUAUCUGGAGGGAUUACCACUCAGCAAGAGGUCAAUCAGUGAAGUUCAACUCAUGCACAACGUUCGGGAGCACAAGGAGGUGUUAGAAAGGCAGGACUGGCUUCAGCUGAAGCUCAACGAUAUCCUCACCCCCUCAAUAAAUGACUCCCAAAAGGAGCAAAAAGGGAAAACCAAUGGCCCAUCUAUCAGACGUUUAAGAAAGGGGGAAG